CAUGGCAGAUUUUAAUCCAUAAGAGAGAGUAAAGAAGAUGGUCAAUGCCAUAAAAGCUGAGGUAAUAUUGAUGAAAACUUAAUUAAUUAGGCUAAUGAGAAGGCUGAAUAAAUCAAGGACAUGGCUGCUUAAUAGUUUAGAAUUGAAAAGAACAAACUACUCAAUUAAUAGAAAGAGAGGAUUAUUGAAGAAUACAAAAAGAAGAUUGAGUCAUACACAAUUGAAAAGAGAAUGUAAAUAUAUUUAAUAGAUUUAGUCAACGAUCAUCUAAAAUCAAUCAAUCAAGAUUGUCCAAAAUGCAAGCACGUUUUGAGUUAAUCCAAAGACUUAAAGAGGAAGUUCGUUAGAAGAUGACAAAAUUGAUUUAAGAUUAGAGUGUCUAUAAAGAAUUACUAAAGAACUUGAUAAUAUAAGGAAUGAUUAAGUUACUUGAACCUAGAAUUGAAUUAACAUGUUUAGAGUAGGAUGUGCAACUCAUUAGGACAAUUUUGUAAGAAUGUUAAGAAGAAUUCUCUAUAAUUAUUAAGAGAGAAACAACUAAAGACUUUAAGACGACAUUAAGCAUUAAUUAGAGUCAGUAUCUAACAGAGAAAUAGGGUAAACCAAUGUAAAAAUUAAGAUAUAAAUAUAUUUUAGUUUGGGAGGAGUUGUUUUGAGUUGUGCUAAUAACAGAAUUGUUUGUUCUAAUACUUUAGAUGAUAGAUUAGAACUUUCAUUACAAGAAUUCUUACCAGAUAUUAGAAAUGGAUUGUUUAAGAAAUGAA